AUGGAAUACGAGAGUAUUAAUCCUUCCGGCGCUAGUCGCCAACGUUACGAUGUUUAUAGUGGAUAUGCUGGAUUGCUACCAACUCCAGCUCGCGGAAUGACGCGUCCACCAAGAAGAGGACGAGGUCAAACUCGUUCUAGGCAAGGGUUUCAGACAGCUAGAGUCGAAGAUAAACGACGAAAAGAAGGAGCCAAAACUAUGGCUAGGCUCGAUGAUGUAAUUAAAACUUCUUUACAUCCAGGCUUGAAAUCCAGCGAAGAAGUACUCGCUAGAAUUGGUGAGAACCAUACCCUUAAAGCAAUUACACUGUCAAUUACAACGCGAGGAAUAGGCUUAGGGUUAUGUCACCUUAAUUUUAUAGCUGUCACGUACCAUGAAAUUCAGGUACCUAAUGUUUACGCGCAAUAUCGCGUAUUUCUAGCGGUGUUAGAAGCAAAACUGGAAAAUUUGAAAACCGCUUACCCAUUGCCGGCCCGAGAUACUGAGCUUGUGUAUAGAUACCAGGCCAGCGCUGAGCUAUUGCAUGUUGCUCAAACAGUAACUAUCGCACCGGAGCCAAUUAAGAGAUUGAUAAACGCCGUUGGCAUCAUCAGUUACGAUGAAGGGAUAUAUAUCCCAGCCGUUUCACGUGCAGAGGUAGACGACCGUGGUCGUUUUAUACCACAGCCCCAAAAUAUACUAUACUCGUCUCUUAGAAGAACAGUAGAAUCAUUGGCGAAUCCAGCUACGCCAGAGAGAUACAGACGUCAGUUCUUUGAGAACAAUCCCAUACCAGGGGCGAUUUGGGUUAACAAUGUCUUGCAGAACCCUGAUGAGAUAAUACCAAGAGAUCACACGGUUGACGAUCUCCGUGAUGACAUUGCGUUGUUGAGUCCAUAUCUCAACAAGCUACAGAAGCAUGUUCCGAAAAUGGUGGAUGGAACAAUAGACUUCAAAAGUGCAGGAAAACAGUCUGCAUUUAUAUGCAAUAGAAUGUCGGAUCUACGUAUACCAACAAGAGAGCCUGGAGAACAGUUGCAGGACUAUUAUCGACAAUGUAAUCCUAAUGGAAACGAAGAACAUAUUCAAGAUAACGUAACUGGGGGGGAAGAAACAGAUGAUUCAGUUAAAGAUCUAAAUUACGACACGGCUCGUAAAAAGAGGCCCCCCCUUUAUCACCUCAACAUCAAGAGAUACAAGAGAGGGAGGAAUAGAGAUGGUAUAUCCGAUGAUGAAGGAGAUAGGGUCUCAGUGAGUAGUGUUGAAAACGCUGCCACUGAGUCACGUUCAGCGGCAUAUAAACCUAAAUCUGGUUCGGAGAAACGGAAAAAUAAAAGAAAGAUAGAAUUACAAGCAGCGGCUUCGAACCCAAAGCAAUCCAGGCUUUCCUUCACGUCUACAUCUCAAGAGCUUGAAGAUCCUCAAAAUCGGAGCGAAUCGCAACCAGGACCCUCAUCAUCAUCAUCAAUGUUAGACGAAAAAUUGGAUUCACUUUCGUAUGCAAGUAAUUCAGAAGAGAACAUAGCAGCGGCGACUCUACCCAUAAUAAUCACGCAAGACACAGCACCACAAGGAGCAAAUGAAUGUGUUUCUAAUCCUAAAGACACAAUUACUUCAAUUACGUCCAGCGACACUGGAUCUGGUGGAAAUAUUGACAACGUUGCGUUAAAGCCACUAACAUUAACAGUCGAUGAUUGCAGUCAAAUUCAAAAACUUUCUGAAUUUGCUUCGCCAAGGAAAAAUGCUACGACUGCCGAGAAAUUAAGUAUCUUAUCUGUUCACCCUAUCCAACCUUCGGGUGAUAAAAACAGUUUGCCUUUCGAUGCAAAUCGGGUUUACUACCGAAAAUUACCAACAGGAACUUUAAUUCGACGAGAAUCUGUCUCUUAUUCUCUUGAAUUAAACAAGCUAUUUUGUACCACCUGCAUGUGUUUUGCGUCUGACGCCAAGAAAGAAGAAGGAGGAGGAAGAAGUCCAUUUAUUGAUGGCGUUACUCCAUCCAAAAAACAUAUUUAUGAACAACUUGUCAAACACGAGGAAAGCCACAGUCAUCAGUUAGCCGUAGUUGCCUUGCUUACAGCAAAAAAAAGAGGAAAUCUGGAACAACAUCUCACGCUAAAGAAUAUGCAAGAGAUUUCCAAUAGGCGUCUGGUCCUGAAAAGAAUAAUUGAUAUAAUACUAUUUAUAUCUAAACAAGGCAUUGCUUAUCGUGGAAAAAGUGAGGCCUUGUACUCGUUAGCGGAUAUCGCAGACGACAACCAGAAUCACGGAAACUUUUUAAAUUUAGUUGUCCUAUUGUCGAAGUAUGAUCCAGUUCUUAAGGCGCACAUGUCCGAGGCAAUUACUGAAAGUAAAAAAAGAAAAGACUCAGGAAAAGUUAAACUAGAAAUCGUUAAAGAAAUCCAGGCGGCGAAAUCUUUUAGCCUUAAUGUGGAUUCUUGCCAGGAUGUUGGCGUUGUUGACCAGGCUGCAAUUUGCGUGCGCUAUGUUAAGAGUGGGAUCCCACAAGAGCGGAUGCUCAGCAUGGUCCCUGUCCGGAAAUCAACAGGAGAAGAUUACCGAGCUCUUGUAAGCAAUGAACUAGCCCAGUUAGGCUUAAAUUUGCAAGAUAUUAUUAGCGUGUCAUUUGAUGGCGCCGGAAAUAUGGCGGGAAGGUAUAAUGGUCUUCAAGCAAAACUGAAGGAAGAAGUGCCAAAAUUAAUUUUCACACAUUGUUAUGCACAUGUUUUAAAUUUAGUGCUGGGAGGCGCGACGUCAAGCUGUACUGAAGCCAAGAAUUUGUUUGGGCUCUUGGAGUCUACCAGUGUAUUUAUUCAUGAAUCAUUUAAGCGCACAUCUCUAUGGGUGGAGAAAAUUUCAGAAUUAACAGCUGGACAAGACAAAUUGAGACGAUUACAGAAUAUCGGAAAAACAAGAUGGUGGGCUAAAGACAAAGCCUUGACCACUGUUAUGGAGAAAACUCGAUAUGUGGCGUUAAUAAAAACUUUAAGUGCCAUAUCUUCAAGCAUGGAGUUCGAGCCAAAGGUUUCGUUCCAAGCAAAAGCUUUGAUGGAUUCUUUUUUGAAAUUCGAAACUAUCCUGACAGCCUUCACGUUCAAGAAAAUAUUUGACCUAUCAACCCCAGUAAGCCAAUAUCUCCAAACCCCUACAUUGGAUUAUCUUAAAGCUUGGGGAUUCAUCAAAUGUUUAGACAUGGAUUUACGAAGACAUUUAGAUACUUUUGAUGAUGUUUUCAAAGCUGCAAGUUUAUUUGCAUCCGAUGUUCAAGACUUGAUGCACGCUGAAAACAUUGAUCUCGACGUACAAACCACGUUACCGUUACGAAGAAUUUCUAAAAAACCGAAGAAACGUGAGCAGUUAUGUGAAGAUGAAGUAGCAUUAUUGGCUACAGACCCAAAGAGAUUUUAUUCUAUUUCUGUCUACAAAGUCAUUAUUAAUACAGCUUUAGUUAAAAUAAACGAAAAAUUCAUGUGCAACGAAGAUUUAAUGAAAGAUGCCGCUUGUUUGGACCCGAAAAACUUCAAUAAAAUCAAAGAAAAUGGAAUUCCUAAUGACGCGCUAAAGUCUAUCGCAUCAAUUGCAAAUGUCGAUCGAGAGUUGCUGUCAAAAGAACUGGAAACUUUUGCAAAUAAGUUUAGUGAACUGUCUAAAACUCUUUGGGAUGAGCACAUUUCUCCUAGGCAGCAUAAGCAAGAUUCAGAUUCACAAAGCGACGAAGAUGUUUUAGACAUAGACCAGGCAGCAAAGGACGCCAUGUGUUUUUCCAGAAUAUUUUUCGAUAGUAUCCCAUCACCAUGGUCUAGUCUCGGGCCCCCGGAUUGUGAUCAGCCACCCGGGCCCUUCCGGUCCAGUCCGACCCUGGUUGCACCUUCGCAGCGGAGAGCCCUCCUAUCAGUGAUAUCAAAAGACAUGUUCCUGUGGAGAUGCGCGCACCGUCUCCAUAGAGAGUUGCAGGAGCUCGGAAUGCAACAGUGUGACGAAGCUGUUGUAGAAGGAGCGCACUGCUCAUCAUGUGACCAGGAUUUGCACUAUCAAUGUGCGGGCAUAACUGAAGUAGGCUUCAGAAAACUGGGUGUUGAUAGGAAGCAGGCUUGGAAAUGCCAUAAAUGUAAGCAAUCAGGCUCAAGAUCACCACAGCCGACAAGUGAUUCAUCCAUUAUGGCGGAACUUAAAGCCUUAGCCUUAAAGUUGGCUCCGUUGGAAUCCCUUUCAGUUGAGGUCGGGGCAUUGCGUGCAGAAAUUUCGGAGUUGAAAUCGCAAGUUACUCUGACAAAUACCUGCUUAAAAGAAUUUAACGAUAAGUUUGAGAAGUUUGAAGAACGUCUUACACGGGUGGAGGGAAUGGAAGAUCGAGUGACAAUUAUUGAAGCGGACUUAAAUAGACUAAAACAAGAGGCUAAUGAGAAAGAUCAAUGGUUACGUUUGAACAACGCUGAGAUAAAAGGUGUUCCUCAUUCUCCAAAAGAAAAUUUGCUGGAAGUCAUCAGGUCGGGAAUAAACUGUGACAGCCUGCCGCUGAACAGCAUAACAAGGUCCCUCUACUGUCACCGGGCCUACGGGGAGUGGAAGGCAUCGCCGGCAGUACGAGAUGAGGUGGCGACAAGGACGGCCAACGACGGGUUACGCCAAUUCUGGUACGUACUGGAAGGAGGAGAGGGGAUAUGUCCAGGAGCUGAGCCAGGGAAUUGGUGGGGUGAGAACCGCGCGUUUAGGCUGUCCACUAACGUGGUGGCCAUGCCCGAAAUUGAGAGGGCCCUUAGCAGGGUAGCCCCUUUUGGUCCGAAACGAGUUCCACUUCGUAGUAGUAUACUACGAAGUGGCCCCUACGGGGUGGGGGCGUCGCCGCAGUCAAGACGCCUGCCCUCAGCGCCGCCAACAUUUUGCCACAGGUGGCCCGAUUACUACUGGGGGGAUUCCGAGGAGGUGGUGGUGCACGAGAGAGCCCCGUCCUGCCCUCCGUAUUCGGAGUUCCCCCCCCCCCCCCCGGAGGACUCCUCACCGGUCGCGGUUCGCCCGCCGCCCCGUCGGCCCGCAACGGCGCCCGCCGGAUCUAGGCACAGAAUAAGACGGGCCAUUUUGCCCGCUGAGCCGGAGGAGCCCGCGGGGCCGCGCCGGGCCUCAUCUUGCUCCCCCAGCGCUGGGGCCGGAAGGCGCCGCUUAUCACCGCCUCGGUCCCCGAGCCGCUCGCCGGGGCCCCGGGUGCCGUUGGGGGCUCUGGCGACUCCGGGGACCUCCUCCACGUCUUCGACCUCGUCCUCGAGUGGUUCGCCCGGGGGGGCCCGGGGGCCGUCGGCGGCUUCGUGGGCUCCUGGGACCUCCAGCUCCUCAUCCACCUCAUCCACGCUGACCUCAACAUUAUCGACCUCCGGAUCCUCGGCCGCCUCGCCGUCGUCACCGCGCGGGCGCUCGAGGACCAGGUCCCGAUCCCCGCUUGGGCCCCCUCGUGCGGCUGCCCCCGCCGAUCCUGCGCUGCCCCAGCCGCCGCCUUACUGGACAUACACACGAGACAGGAACGCCCGCAGAGUAAUGCAGUGCAUCCUCUGCGGCAUCGUCGUGAACAGUCACGUAAGGCGGCAUUUUCAAAGACACCAUGCCCCCUACAGAGGGUAUGAGGCCGCGGGCCCCUACCCCCGAGGAUUCUACAUCCUGGUAAUGAGCCGGCUCCCCACGUGUCCCCCGGAGGCCCGUCCCCCCCUCUCUGCCCUGGAGGGCGUGGCGGGGGUCGAUUGGGGGUUCCUGGGAAUGGGGGACCGCUGA